UAUAGUGAUACACGUUUAUCCUAGAAUUUUAUGUUUACCUCAAAAUUUCAUUUCACUCUCAUUUGUGUCUUUAAGUGUAAAUUAUUGCUUUUCAUCUCCUUUUGCUCCAGAUCCUUUCUGUAAAUAGCCAGUGGUUAACCCAAGAGCGAGAGAACAUGAGGGAGCCAUUCCAAAAACUAAACAGCGGCAGCCUCCAGAAAGCACUGUGAAGCCUGAUGUUAGGGAGGAAAUAUCGAUCGGUGAACCCAUUGGUAGUCAGCCUGAUUUUGAUCUCCUUUCCUCGUUAUGGGGAGAUUUUGGUGGGGAAUGUCCUAAAUCUAAUCUCCACCCUCUAGGGUCAAGUGAAAGCGCUGUGCACAAUGCUGCUGGUGGUGAUGUACAAAAUGAAAGUCAUGUUACUGGGUUCUUCUCAGGAGAAUGUGACCCUCACUCUCAGAUGACAUCAUUAUCCACAACUCCAGAGCACACACCUGUCGUAGAUGCCUCUACUGAUGUACCUGUGGUUGGAAAAACUGAACAUCGCUGUGUGUCGCUGACAAGCCUCUCGGCUAGACCCACUACAAUUGGUGCUCCUGUAGGAGUAGUGAUAAUACAUUGUAAUAACAGGCUAAACCAGAAUGACCCAGUGGAAGUGGAUUUUGUCCCAGAAAAAGGGGAAGAAACUAGCAGGCCUGUAGAACAUUGUGAUGCCACAGAAAAUAAUGGUUGUAUGGAAGAAUUACUACAGGAAUUAGAAUCCUCAAUGAAAGAUAACCUGUUUUUGACAAGGGAAUCCAGGCUGCAGUGUACCCAUCUACAGGCUGCAAAAGAUUGUUUGCAGGUGGAAAAUGAAGAGUUGAUGAGCUGUUUGGAAGAACAGAAGGUGUUAAAUAGGAUACUUGAGGAGAAUCACUUGAUGCGGUUGUUUCUGGCCACAAAGUCAAGGUCGGAAGCAAGGAGAGUAGCUGAUGUUGCUUCUGGUGGAAGCAGUGCAGCUGUUGAGGAGGCCAAUGCAUCAGAUAAAUACAGUGAGGAGUUUGAAACAGAUGUCAAUGAACAGCCAGGACCAUUUCCCCAAGAGUCAGAAGAUUCCAGUGAUGACAUGUUCUAUGACGCACGCGAUGACUGGUUCAUGUGAAUGCAACAUAGAAUGCCAUUUUUGCUUCGGAUGGAAGUUUAUUGGCUGAGGAAAUUAGUGAAUAUAUACAUUGGUUAUCACUUGUAUAGUAAAUAGACCUUUAGAUCAAAGAACCAGGACUAGGACCAGUUUUGGCCACAUGCCCACUGGCACUACAGACUUGUCCUCGACCUGGUAUGCAUCAAAAUGGCAACAUUUAGAUCGUAAACAACCAGUGCUAGUGCAAGUUUUGUAGUUUUCAAGCUGCUUUCUCCCUGAUUUGACCAUGUUUUCGAAGAAAAAUACACUUGUUGUAACAAUGAUGUUAUAUCGUGAUGAUGUAUUUCAAGAGGAGGACAUUAUACAGAUCAUCAUGGACCAAAAUUGGAAGAAUCCAUUGAUUCCUUGCUGGAAGUACAACCAUGUAGAGGCAACACUUGGAGAUAUGAGUGAGGCAGAGUUGAAGGCAGAGUUUAGAUUUGGAAGUUGUGAGAUCAAUCUUCUGUAUGAGGCUCUGAGGAUCCCUGAAUCAUUCACAUCUACCAACAGAACUGUUGCCACUGGCCUGGAAGGGCUGUUCAUGUUUUCAAAGUGCUUCGCUUAUCCAUGUCAUCUUGGUGAUAUGAUCCCUUGGUUUGGCCGCUCAAUCCCCGAGUUAAGUCUGAUUCUCUCUGAGGUAACAUAGUUCAUUGUUAGCACCCAUGGCCAUCUCCUUCAAGACAUGUACCAGCCCUGGUUAUGACUAGCUCAACUGGAUUUGUUUGCCCAGGUGAUCAGUCAGAAAGUACUGGACAACUGCUGGGGAUUUGUAGAUGGUAUGGUUAGACCUACUUGUCACCCUGGGGAGCACCAAAAGGUCAUGUACAAUGCUCAUAAGCGAGUACAUGGCCUAAAGCUCCAGCCUGUUGUGGCUCCAAAUGGCCUCAAAGCUAAUUUUUUUGGUCCAGUUGAGGGUAAGAGGCAUGAUUCAAGAAUGCUUCACACGUCUGGUUUGCUUUUUCGACUCCAACAACACUCACACGAUGAGGCACGGCAGCCACU